GUCGCCUACUCCCACUCUCCCCGAAUCUCUCCUCCCCACAGGGGAAAAGCCAAAACUACAAAAAAAUCUCGCCGCCGACCACCACCACGCCGACGGCCAUGUCGGCGGACGCCCCCGUCCCCGUCCCCACGCUGCGCCCGGACGAGCGGGCAGGGAUCCUCACGCUGCUCGCAGCCGCCGCGCGCCCGCUGGGGGACGUCGUCGCCGACUUCCUCGCGCGCUUCCCCCGCGAGCGCCGCCUCCGCGUCGGCGCCACGCUCUGCUUCCUCCUAGAGGACAAGAAGAUGCUUCAUCCAACUGGUCGUCUAAUUGCAUUUGCAAUUCUUCAUCAGAGUUAUUCCUCGCAGCCAGUAAACCCUUAUGUUCCUCUGCUGUUAGAUGCAGCCUGUGAUGAAACAUCAGAUAAAUCGGAACGGGCAUUUGUCCAACUUUUGUUGAUGGCCAAUGGAAACAAUAACAAUGAGGUGCUGCAACAGUCAGCUGUAGAUUACAUAAAUGGGCCUGAUUCUGCAUCACAGGCCUUAUUGCCACGGGAACAGCUUGAGAAGCAAUACUGCGGCAAUAGUGUACAGCCACAGCCUCAGGCUAGUAGUUUCAGAAGUGCUACCGUCAGAUGUGCUAUACCGGAUCCAGAUAUACCUCAGAGUUGUGCCAAUUCAUCAGAGAUAUCACCGCCUGGAGGAAAACAAGAAUGUGCAUCUGAUGAUAGGGAGUCUGCUCUUAAUGCUUUGCUGCAAGAAAAAUCAUGGGGAAGAUUGGGUCCCCAGUGGAUACGGCCGACACCCCCAAGACUUCAUAUACUUGACGGGGAGCUACAGUGGCUGAACCCUGACAACAAUCAUGAGCUAUUAUGGGAUUAUAGCAUGUGUGCUGACACAAGUCGUGGAGCUGCGAUCCGAGAUUUGAUUGCAAGAGCCUUAAAGGGUCCACUUGGACCUGGCCAACAGGAGCAAGUUGUUAUAGAAUUGGCAAAGGACUCUAAGCUAGUGUAUCAUUGCGGGAUGACGCCACAGAAACUUCCAGACCUUGUUGAGCAUAAUCCACUCAUUGCUGUCGAGCUUCUUUCGAAGCUUAUGAACUCUCCUGACAUUGCAGGUUAUUUCGAUGUUCUUGUGCACAUGGAGAUGAGCCUACACUCUAUGGAAGUUGUAAACAGACUUACUACUGCGGUUGAACUCCCAACAGGAUUUGUCCAUGAAUACAUCUCAAAUUGUAUUCAAUCAUGUCAAAACAUUAAGGAUAAAUACAUGCAGAACAGACUGGUGAGACUAGUUUGUGUUUUCCUCCAGAGUCUCAUCCGAAACCAGAUAAUUAACGUUCAAGAUCUUUUCAUUGAGGUACAGGCGUUCUGCAUUGAAUUCUCACGAAUAAGGGAAGCAGCUGGCUUAUUCCGGCUGCUCAAAUCUUUGGAGUGAAGAAACAAGUUAUAAACUGGUGGUAUUGUUAUCGAACGUUUGGAGUUUCUGGUUCUCAGUAGUUCUCUGGCCACUGUGGGAUGUUCAGGAUCAGGCAGUGUGUGUCAAUAUCUUGCAGAAUCAGUGACACCCUCCCAACGACAAUGCACACCCCCCAUAUGAGUGGAUCAAAAGAGGCACCAAGAGCAGAUCCAGAUAGUACUCUAUUUGUGGUUGCUCAACAUUUAGAUAUGUUUGUAUACGUCAGCUGUAUGGAGACAGAUCAUAGAUGCAUGUUUUGGUCUAUUCUUUGAUAUCCAUGUAAUCUCAAGAAUGCCAAGAGCUAUUUAUUGUAGUCCAUGUUUUUUUAUUUGGUUCAACCAGGACAUGGUUUUGUACAAUUCGUUGCCAUCCUGUGCAGAUCUGUCUGUACUUCACAUUUUUUGAAGUAAAUUUGAUGGCUUGAUCUA